AUGAAAGGACAGCAGCAGCCAUCAAACGGCCCUUUGCGCUUCGUCAUAACCAAUCCCGCUUCGAAUGAAGGUCGAGCAGAAAGAAUUCGCGACGUUCGUUCACAUGCGGGAAGGUGGAGAUGGCGACAAGCGAGGAAAGGUCAGUAUGAUAAAUCAGAAUUAAAUGAAGAUGCGAUUGUGAAGAGGCUGUCAGAGCUGUCAGGGCCUACAGACCCGUCUACUCGGACAUCAACUACAGUAGCAGAUAAUGAUGAAGAUCCUCUGGAAGCGGGCUCAUCAUUUCUCUGGCGCAUUGGACAAUUGGUCCUCAUUUCCUGUGCAUUCCGCUGGGCUCCUGAUGUCACCUGGUGCAGACAUGCUAGAUCCUUAUCAGACACAUGUCCCAUCGCCUCUCUUUGGAGGAACUGCCUCUCUGUCCUAUGGCCUAUUCUAAUGCCGGGAACGACAAAUACAGCAGACCAUCCAGGUGUACAGGCCUGGUUUUCGCUUUCUCUGUCGGACCCUGCUCUGCAUAGCUCCAUGCUAUUUGGUGCUUGUUCGCAUCGAUGGGUGCAGUGCAUAGUGAAACGCCUGGGGAACUUCAGCAGCAAGGAUGCGAGAGACUUGGCUCUUGCUGAAUCAGAUUCAAUCAGCAAGAUUAACUCGGCAAUACAGGAUCCAUCAAAGGCUACCUCAGAUGCGAUAAUACUUUCUGUGCUGUGUCUGGCGAACAACCAUAGCCCGCUGGAGCAACACCCUAAACCUUACCCCUUCGAUCCUCCUUUGAGGAAAUUGCAGUGGUUAGAUGCUUAUGGUUAUUUAUCCCCGAAUUCAGUACAUCAGGCAGGACUUGCUAUCCUUAUAGCAUUACGAGGCGGACUGGACAAGUUAGAGCUUCCAGGCCUUGCAGCAGUCAUCUCAUUUUCCGACGUCCUAGGCGCCAGCAGAUCAUUGACUCGGCCUCGCUUCCCAUUUAUUGGACUGCAAACUAACACACCCUCAUUUUGGGAGAAUAUAGGCUGGUGCAAUGGGGGCUAUACCGACGCAAUGGAUAUUGAUCUUUUAUUAAGCCUGGGGAUAACGCCCGAAAUGUACCGUACUUUCCAAGCAGCUCGGGCAUAUAUGGCUUUCGUCGAACUUUUUCUAGAUGGCGCUCAUAUGGACAUGCAAAGUGCGUUGUUCUGCGACAGCCGUAACUUUGUACAAUGGCACAUCAUGUCCCUCCUUCCUGCCAGCCAUCUAGGCCUUGUCAAUCCUAUGGUUAUCCAGGUACAUGAGGCGUGUAGACUGGGUCUGGUUAUUUUCGGAAUUGGCGUCAUAUUCCCUCUACCCCCUGAGUCCGCUCCCUUCUUGAAGCUUGUUCGGUUACUACAACUAGAACUCCAGAUGUGCGCCAAAGACAGCAUGACAUGGACACAUACUGUGCCUGAGAUGAAGAUACGCUGCUGGUGUCUUGUCUUGGGCGGAAUUGCAGCUAUCGGCACAUCGGAAAGGGAGUGGUUUGUCGCUGAGCUGAGACUUUUCAAAGAAAAGUAUUCCAUCUCGACAUGGAACCAAGUGAGGAGGAUUAUGAAGUCGAUCUUGUGGCUUGAUGUCGUGUGUAACGGGCCGGGGGAAGAGCUGUGGCGUGAAGUAGUACGCUUAUCUAGUAGAGGUUCCGAUUUUUCAUUUUAGUCUUGUGGUAUUGGGAGUGUAAAGAUUGCCAUUGAAUCCUGACACAUUUCAUUUACGCAAUCUAUCAAAAAAAUUCUUUCUAGCUACUUGGUGCAAGAAGUAAUUGGCAAAUCACGGUGAGAGUGUUGUACGGAAUUUGAAACAAUGAAACCAUGGAUCAACGG